AUGGCCUUGAGCACGUUCCUGUGUUGCUGCGAGCUGGCCGUGGGCCUGAGGCUCCCCAGCCUUCUGCUGGUGGAGCUGCCCACCCGAGCCGCCGGCCGCCUUGCCCAGGGUAAAGGCCAAGAGUGGCCCUACUUCGAAGGGCUGUCACACUCCAGCUCGCAGACGGAAAUCGGGAGCAUCCACAGUGUCCGGAGCCACAAGGAGCCUCCGAGUCCCGCCGACGUGCCUGAGAAGACUCGAGCCCUGGGAGGCAAGCAGCCAAGCGACAGCGUCUCGGACACAACCCACAGCACACCCGCCCCCGGGGAGCAGCCCGCACAGCCCGAGGACAGCCCGGAGGUGGAGACCUCCGCUCUGGACGUGUUCACCGAGAAGCUGCCGCCCAGCGGGCGGAUCACCAAGACGGAGUCCCUCGUCAUCCCCUCCACCAGGUCCGAGGGGAAGCAGGCCGGCCGCCGGGGCCGGAGCACGUCCCUGAAGGAGCGGCAGCCCGCGCGGCCGCAGAGCGAACGGGCCAACAGUCUGGACAAUGAGCGCUGUCCGGACACGAGGAGCCAGCUGCAGAUCCCCAGGAAGACCGUGUAUGACCAGUUAAACCACAUCCUCAUCUCUGAUGACCAGCUCCCUGAAAACAUCAUUCUCGUCAACACCUCCGACUGGCAGGGGCAGUUCCUGUCGGAGGUCCUGCAGAAGCACACGCUCCCCGUGGUGUGUACGUGCUCUGCCGCUGACGUCCAAGCGGCCUUCAGCACCAUCGUCUCCAGAAUACAGAGAUACUGCAACUGUAACUCACAGCCGCCGACCCCCGUGAAGAUCGCCGUGGCGGGAGCGCAGCAUUACCUUAGCGCUAUCCUGCGGCUCUUCGUGGAGCAGCUGUCCCACAAGACCCCCGACUGGCUGGGCUACAUGCGCUUUCUCAUCAUCCCGCUGGGGUCCCACCCCGUGGCCAGGUACCUGGGCUCCGUGGACUACCGCUACAACAACUUCUUCCAGGACCUGGCCUGGAGAGACCUGUUCAACAAGCUGGAGGCCCAGAGUGCCGUGCAGGACACACCGGACAUCGUGUCGAGGAUCACCCAGUACAUCGCAGGCGCCAACUGUGCCCACCAGCUGCCCAUCGCAGAGGCCAUGCUGACCUACAAGCAGAAGAGGAAAAAGAACUUUCAUUUUGACUUUACCCUCAGCCCUGACGAAGAGUCCUCUCAAAAGUUCAUUCCCUUCGUAGGGGUGGUGAAAGUUGGAAUAGUGGAACCGUCCUCAGCCACGUCAGGUGACUCAGAUGACGCGGCCCCCUCGGGCUCCAGCGUGCUCUCAUCCACCCCACCGUCCAUGUCUCCCGCGGCCAAGGAGGCCUCACCCACCCCGCCUUCCUCCCCGUCAGUGAGCGGGGGCCUGUCUUCCCCCAGCCAGGGCGUCGGCGCCGAGCUGAUGGGGCUGCAGGUGGAUUACUGGACGGCAGCCCUGCCCGCAGACAGGAAGAGAGAGGUGGAGAAGAAGGACCUGCCCGCCACCAAAAACACGCUCAAGUGCACCUUCCGGUCUCUCCAGGUCAGCAGGCUGCCCAGCAGUGGCGAGGCCGCGGCCACGCCCACCAUGUCCAUGACCGUGGUCACCAAGGAGAAGAACAAGAAGGUGAUGUUUCUGCCCAAGAAAACCAAGGACAAGGAUGUGGAGUCCAAGAGCCAGUGCAUCGAGGGCAUCAGCCGCCUGAUCUGCACAGCCAAGCACCAGCAGAACAUGCUGAGGGUCCUCAUCGAUGGUGUGGAGUGGAACGAUGUCAAGUUCUUCCAACUGGCGGCCCAGUGGUCCUCCCACGUGAAGCACUUCCCCAUCUGCAUCUUCGGACACUCCAAGUCCACCUGCUAGCCCUGCCCUGAAGCCCUGGACGGCGAGCGCCGGGAGGGCCCAGCUGCUUUUCUGUUAACGUUUCAGUUUACUACAGAGACCCUUAAAAACACAAAGAGAAACAGUCUUAAGUAUGAACGUGCUCUCAACCCAGAAACUCAUGGGGAGGGGCCCCCCCCUGGAGCCCAUUAACUGCUCUGCUCAUUAACCAGAUGUGCCGGCGGGGUGGGAGGCCAGGUGGACAGCGCUGAGCUCUGAGAAUCACAAAAGGUGUGUUUUGGCCUCAGGACCUCCCGAGCCCCCCAGCAAGAAGGGUCCUCACCCUCGCGUCCUGUUCUUCCUGAAAGCCAGGACUGUGCUUCCUCAGGGAGCUGGGGUCAGGCGGGCGGCCUCACAGAUCCACGGGCUGCUUGUGUGCCCAGACACAGAGCUGGGUGGCUGGAGGCUGAAGGCCGGCCUCCUGUUGGGGGCGCCCUGAGCAGAACAUGGCGGCCGGGCAGCCCAGGCCUGGGCCCAGCUGCCCACCAGCCGAGAGAUGCCCCAGCACCACCCACUUGUGGUUCCCAAUAAACUCCAGCCUCGCGGGGCAGCGGAGGUUUUAUAGUAGCAGAUAUUUUUAAUGCUUUUAAAUACAUGUUAUAAUGUAGCUGCCAAACAGACAGUGCUCUUCCGAUGUCCCAGUGGCCCCUGGGGCUGGGGCAGAGCCAGCCAGCGCUGUCCCGCGUCCCAGCCCCCAACACCCGCCUCACUCUCCCUCUGGCUGUUCUUGAGCCAUCACUAUGCUUCUGCUGGUUGUCCCUGCCCCAAAUUUAGCAAGCACAGUGGCCCCCACAGCUGGCCCCAGCCCGCUCGGCCUCCUCCUCCCACCUGGCCCCCAGGCCGGCUAGGCGGGUGUCUGGGCCCAUACAGCACUCAUGUGGCCAGUGAAAGCUCAGGCAGGGCAGCCUAGCCUCAGGAGCCAGGCACCACUGGACCUGUAGGUGCAGCUGGGGGUACCCUGAAGAGGCACAGAGCCCUGGCCUCUCUGGGCCAAGCUCCCUAGAGCAAGGUUUUGGGUUUGGGUCCCACCCUGGGUGGUAGCAUCACCCCCUGCCUUUCCAUGCAGCAGGAAAGGGACAUCCUGACCUGCAGCAAGAGUCCAACCCAGUCCCGCUGCUCCCCCUGCAACCCUGCAGCCCACUUUGCGUGGGAAGAGCCCACCAGUUCCCAUCCUUUGGCAGCUGUGGCCCUGGGAUCCUGGUAGCCCAUCCAGGGGGCCACACUGGCUAUGCUCAGAACACAGUGCCAAAUGCAGGGCAGGCUGCAGGCCAUUCCUGUUCUUCCAGAGGACAGGCCUCACCAACAGCCCAUGGCACCGACAGGUCUGCCCCUGGGGGAGUGAGCGAUGGCCCACUCUUCUUAGCUGUGACCUACCGGCUUCCUUCCUCCCCCAAGGCAGUGGCCCCGGGCUAGUCAGGGAGCAGGAGGACAUGGGCCUGACCUUGUGUAUGGCCCUGCCUCGGGGGUGCCUGUGGGCAGAGGACCUUCCCCAUGAGGGCCCAGACUCCUCCCCUGACAGCUCCUGGGACCAGGGGCCCUAAGCCGAACCCUGGCCUGGAAGGACGGGGUCAAGGUGCAGGCUGCUGAGCCCCAGCGUCUCCCGUGGCCUGUACCCUCAGAAGCAGGCCCUGGGACCUUGAGCCUCCCUGCCCUGGUUCCCGCCACUGGGUCUCAGGGCCUUGGUCACUGGGUCUCAAGUUUCCUUUCCAAAAGUCACUCAGCAGGAAGGAGGUACAGGGGAGGCUCCUGACUUCACUUUCUAGGCGCAGAACUGACUUUAGAGGAAGGGGCCAAAUGGGGGGCAGUCACGUCCUUUCUGGCUGCGGGCAGUCCCUCUCCUGGGACCAUCCCUCCCUCCACCCCCACCCCCCGUCCACUUCAUAGCUAUGUCCUCAUUCAUGCAAGGGGAGCACCUUUACCCCGGGCCUACAGAGCCCAGUUGCGGUCUGUCCUGUUCCUAAGUGCCAUGGGGCCCACCCGCCACACUGUCCCCAGGCCCAGGAGGUCAUGCACACAGCCCCAGGCACCGUGACUCCCUCAGAGACCUGGGCUGCGCUCACCCCUGUGCCUCGGCUUCCCCAAUGGCUCAACAGGGUUGGUCACGUUUCCCCUGCCUACCUCAUGGAGCUGUUCUGAGGAUCCAUGGAAAAGCACUUUGUCCCUCCCAGGAAGAGGAUGCAGAAGCCAAAGCCAUCCGUGACAGAACCGUGCAGCUGUGAGCACGUGGGGGUGGCGUGGGGGUGAGGUGUGUGGCCCCGGCAGAAGCAGCCCCCCCAGAGCAAGGGUUCUCAGCCCACCGGGUGACCAGUUGGAACUUGGGACUCCAAGGGCAAGCCACCCAUCACCGCUAGGCAAGGCCGGGCGGGGUCCCACUGCUUCCUCGCUCCUCCCAUGCCCGUCCCCUGGGUCACUGUCUCCUCAGGGCAUGCUGGCCAGGGUCCUGAGUCAGUGUCAUGGCUGCGUCUCGGGGAUGGCACUCAAGGACGGCCUUGCUGCCCUGUCCUUGCCCCCAGACGGGAAGACCAGACUCCUCUCCGGGGCCUGGCCUUUGUCCUGGAGCAGAUUCCUCGUUAGGAGACAGGGCCACUUGCUUCUAAGGGCUGCCGGAGCUCCUACGCCUGCCCCCUGCCCCCUUCCACACCUGGCCUCCGUGGGCGGAGUCGGGAGAGCGUGUCCCCCGCAGGAGCCCGCGCCCGAGGGCUGCGCUUGGCGGCCACCGCGGGGGGCCUGAACCUGCAGGCCGAGGAGGGCCGCUCUGCGUCUCUGCAGACCCCGUCCAGCUCAUCGUGCAUUGUUUAGUUUCUAGGAUGUACGUGUUGCUAGGGUUUUUUUUUUAAAUGGAAAACAGGAUUAAUGUAAAUAGCCUCUUUGGGGAACAGAUUCUAAUCUGUCACGUAUGUGACCACGUGGACUAUUUUAAGGUGCUGAUGCAACACUAAUAAACCUGGGGACACCCCCAGGCCUUCCUCCCUC